CCUACAACACCCUGUGAACCGCAGCCAAGGCGACUGACAAUAGUCUCUUGGCCAGCCGCGCACGCCUUCACACGACCACAUCACCAAGGAAACCCAUCCCUACGGAUCAUAUGCCCGCAGAGAGCCUAGACAGCCUUCUCAUAUCCUUCGACGACUUCCAGCGAUACAAUGGCCACCAUGCCAUACACACUCUCGAACUUCCUCGCUCGCCCCACGACAAUUCCACAAUCCCCGUCGACCCCAAAGCCACUCCUUACGAUAUCGCGCAAUGGCUACGGCACCCAAGUCCAAAACCAAACUCGAGCGAUGCCACCAUGAAGAUUCUGCUGAUCCAAACCCAUAACCAAUCCACUGCAAAACGACCACCAAGCCUUUUGUCUAACUCUAUUGCCUCAUCUCGACAACCACCUCCGACCCAGACUUCCCAGCAUCAGAAGCAGGCCGGAUUUGUGAUUGACAUCCUUACCAAUCUCGACCUUCCGCUAGCCGCAUUCGGGGCCUACUUGAAGGCUCACUUAACUUUUGUCUGUGUCCCUACCUUUUCAUCGAAUUCUCAGUCUGAUAAUACCAUCCGAAAGACAUCGACAUCAUAUUACUGUUCUGGGACUAGUUGGACUGUCACGUGGUCUCAUAACCGCGCGACCAAUCAUACUGCAGCUGUCAUUUGGCAUCGUGAAGGUGACGGAGAUCAAAGAAAGAAUGAGGUUCUUACUGACCUCCUUCGUCUACAAACCCACCUGUCUCAUCCUAUGCUUCUUGGUUAUAUCAAAACCAAAGUCUCGUUGAGUUUCACUUUCGAUAUGUUGGACGACAUGAAUCGAGAAACUCUCGCUCUCGAACAGGAAAUUGGGUUCCCUACUUGGAACUGGGUCCUUGAUAGGGUCGAACCUGGACGUGGUGUCGCUGAAACACACGAUCAAGCUGUCGAGGGAUUCAACAUCCUUUCAGGCAAGCUUACAAACAUCCGCUUCCGACUCAAGACCUUCCAGCAACAAAUCAAGUUCAUUUCAAGGUGUAACAAUCAAUAUCGAAAGUCUCUUGACCCUUCAGCGCCAAAUUUUCAGUCAGCCUGGCGUGAGUGUAAAGAACUCGACCAUUUCAUGAAUGUGAUGUGGGAUUAUACCUUCAUUCACCUCUUUGACGCGGACUCAUUAGGCGAACGUCUUCAUAAUGCCAUGUCCUCUGUCUUUCAAUUGACGACGCAGCGCGAUUCCCGCGCCAGUCUUGCCGUUGCCGACAUCAACAACGAGCUCGCGUGGCAAGGGAAAAAUACCAAUAAGGCAAUGAGGACAAUUGCGUUCGUCUCUCUACUCUUUCUACCGGGAACAUUUGUCGCAUCAUUCUUCGAUACUCCCAUCUUCAAUUUUGCCAUGCCGCAGGAUCAUAAACAGGUUAUCGUGCCUGUGCCUUUCGCGAUAUACUGGACGGUGAGUAUUGUGUUGACUUUUGGUUUGGUAUUGGCCUGGGUUAGCUAUCUUCGACGCAGCAAAGAGAUGGAUCUGCGUGAACGGGAGAUUGAAAGAAAACAGUUUCAUGAGAGGAUCAGGAGGCGGCAACCAGGUGGUCCUGUGGCUAUGUUGUUGGAGGGCAGAAACGUCAGCGAUAUGAACUAUAAGGCAGUCGAAAGACGGUCCACCUGGGAGCUCUUGACGAGGAAUAGGUCGCGCAACAGCCACAAUGCGAGAGAUGGCGCGAGAGGGAGGAGAAUCCACGAGGAGCUGUAUGGAAUCCCACUGCGACAAUCAUACGCAACCCCAGAAAUCGGCAUUGGGCCAAUGAAACCGGCCUAUCUCAACCCCAAAGGAAGCGACGAAGGCGGCUGGCCGUCAGCAGUCUAG